ACUGCCGAUCAGAUCAACUCGAUCAUCCCGAUCACCCAAAUUCCCCGAUCAGGCCCGACCAUGCUCGACUAAAGGCGAAUACACGACUUCUUCUCGACCUCUUGUCGAUCACACACGAUUUCCACACGAUUAUUCACGACUCCUUCACGACGUCAACCCGACCACCUUUCCGAUUUCCGCUCGAUCAUCCCGACCUUUACACGAUCCCUACACGAUCUCAACUCGACCUACUGGAUCUCUGCUCGAUCGGUGUCAGAUCUUUCCCCGACCCGAUCGUCAUAGUCGUACUCGAGUCGUAGAAGGUCGUGAACAGUCGUGUACCAAAACUUUUAGAAUAAAAACUUCAAACAGUGUUGAUCAUUAUCACUUCAUCCUGAAACUUCAUGGUAUAUGUUGUGUCCAGCAUAGUAUACAUAUUUAUGGAGAUUGAGCAGUUGCAGAUGUGGGCCAGAUGGUUAGAGCUCCAGAGAGACAGGGCCAUUGCAGUGCUAGAGUUGGAACAAGAGGAAGAGGCUGAGGGUCGUAGGCAUAGACGUAGGCGACAAAUGCGCAGGAAAAUAUGGAUGAAGCAGUGGCUUGCACGACGACCCCUGUAUGGGCAUUAUGAGCAACUGCUACAGGAGCUAAACAGGGAAGACCCAAAAGGAUACAAAAAUUUCCUAAGGGUAGACGCUGAUAUGUUUGGGGAGCUUGUUGAUCGCAUAUCACCCAGAAUUCAGAAAAAGAACACCAACUUCAGGGAAGCCCUGGAGCCUGGAUUGAAGUUGGCGGUCACUCUUCGUCAUCUCGCAACUGGAGCCUCGUAUUCAGACUUGAUGUACUCAUUCCGAGUGGGAAGUAACACAAUAAGUAAAUUCGUCCCUGAAGUUUUGGAUGCUAUAAUACAGGAGUACUCUGAAGAGGUUUUGCCAGACGUCGUCACUGCUGAACAAUGGCAGCAGAUUGCAGAUGACUUCCGAACCAAGUGGAAUUUUCCUCAUGUCUGCGGGGCUCUUGAUGGUAAGCACGUGAGGAUAAAGAACCCGAAGAACUCUGGAUCUCUGUUCUAUAACUAUAAAGGCUUCUUUUCCAUAAUACUACUCGCACUCGUAGACGCAAACUACAAAUUCAUCUGGGUAAGCGUUGGUGCUAAUGGCAGUGCAUCCGAUGCCCAGCUAUUCAAUAACACUGAACUCAGAACCAUGCUAGAAGAAAACAACCUUGGUUUGCCUGACCCUGAUCCACUGCCUGGCGAUGACAUGAACACCCCAUACUUCCUCAUUGGAGAUGACGCCUUCCCGUUGAGAACUUGGAUGAUGAAGCCAUACUCCAGACGCAACUUGACCAACGAGGAGCGCAUAUUCAAUUACAGGUUGUCCAGGGCUAGACGAGUGGUAGAAAACGCCUUCGGUCUUCUCGCUAUGCGGUUUCAGUGCCUACUUGGCUGCUUGAACCAGAUGCCCGAAACCGUUGACUUGAUUAUUCUUGCAUGUGUCACACUGCAUAACCUUAUCAGCAUACGGUACCCUGCCAUUGCAAGACUGGCCGUCGACCAAGAGGACGAGCAUAACCAAUUAGUACCUGGUGAAUGGCGCCAAGGAAGACAGUUGGCUGAUGGUGAUCGGACCCAUGGAAGAAAUGUGGUGACAUCCGCUGGGGUCAGUCAGAGGAACUACAUUAAACACUACUUCAACUCCCGAGCUGGUUCAGUUGAGUGGCAACAGAAUAUGAUUUAGUGUGUUAGUUACUUUGGAAAGAUAUUUUGAUGAAGUGUAUAACCUAUAUGAUGCGAGUAUGCACAAGUUAUGUAGUUAUUAAAGUGAUUUCCGAUAUGUUUAAGUAUAUUAUAGUAAGUCAUCUUCUAUUUGGAUAUGAUAGUUUCCAUGAUAUGUUUGUUAAUGGAGGAAAUAAGCUUCAAGUAUACAUGUAUAUACAAUAGAGUUGAUUGUUUGUUUCUUGAUUUUAUGCCCUUUUUCGAAGUAUUUCAAUCAUAUCACGGUGGUGAGUUAACUUAGAACAUGACCUAAGUCGGCAACAAGAAAUAGCCACAUACCAGUAAUUUACAACUUUCAUUUAUAGUUCACCCUAGUUU